GUCAAAGUAGAGAACACUGAAUUUUCUCCAUUUUAUUAUAGUUUUCUUUCUUUUCACCGAAAUUGAUAAAAUCCUAAAAACGCCGUGGUCCGUGAUUAAAUGAUCGCUUGCAUUAUACAAUUUUAUCAAUCAGCACAGUCUCGUUGAUUUCUAUAAUAAAGAUCGGUUCCUAAUUGGAUUUUGAUCGGUUUCUGGAAGAAGAAGAAAGGAUGGGGAGAUUGUUCUUGGUGAAUUUGGAAGGCAAGUCUUACAGUUGUAGGCACUGUAAGACUAGUAUCGCUCUCUGCGAUGAUGUCGUCUCCAAGUCGUUUCAAUCCCGCCAUGGGAAAGCUUACCUCUUCAGUAAGGUAGCAAAUGUGUAUGCUGGGAAGAAGGAAGAUAGGAUGAUGAUGACGGGUAUGCACACCGUUGUCGAUAUUUACUGCGUCAAAUGCGGCUCUUAUGUUGGAUGGAGAUAUGAGUUUGCUUUUGAGAAGAACCAAAAGUACAAGGAAGGCAAAUCUGUUCUCGAAAGGUACAAGGUCUGCGGACCAGAUGGGAACAACUACUGGGUGGCGGCUCAAGAAGUUGAAGCCGGAGAUAGUGAUACUGAUGAAUGAGUGAAUGAAAUGAUAUUGCUUCAUCAUCUCAAUAAUUCACCAUAUCUGAUUUGUACAUUCUAUCCUCCUUCCUUCGAUUAUUCUUUUUAUGUCUUUUUUCUCUUUAUGUGAACCAUCUUUAUCUUCCAUUAGUACAAACUUCUUCAGAGAUCAAUUGGUUUGUGUUGCAACUACUUGUGGAAACACAUGCAAUUAUAAUAUAUCUCAUUAUCUUA